AUGAGAAAAGUAGAUGAAUUAUCUGGAAGGAUAAAAGAAAUGAUAGAAACAGCAAUAGAAGUAGCAAUAGCAAAGGCUACAGCAGCAUCACAGCGAUAUUACGAUAACGCUGUAACUGAAGGUCAUUCCAAAAUAUAUAUUCACUACAUUAAGUACCUCAGUGUCAGUGACCAUGUUGAGGAGAGCAGCAACAGCAGUCUGAUGACAGCCGGUGCUAGGGAAAAGGCACACCUCCCCAUUCCACCACAUCAGUCAAUAUACAACUUCCUUAGUGCAUACGUCACAGCAAUAACUGAGCUGAACUACCUGAUUCAGUUGGGAACGAAGAAGUCUGAGAAGCCAUGCGACAUUAAAAUAUUUCAGGAGAAGAAAUAA